CGUGACCUACCUCCGCUAUUUCAUGGACCUGGAUACCGUUCACCAGUGGAACUGGGGGGCAGCUACUCUGGCAUAUCUCUACCAGAAGCUGAAUGAGGCCUCCAACUGGAGGACGAGGCAGCUGGUCGGAUCCUGCACUCUGCUUACGAGCUGGAUCAUCUCCUACUUCUCCCGCAUCCACGGCUUCCACAUCGAUCCUGCGUACGUUGACGCCAUGCCCAGGGCCGCCAGAUACGACCUCCAGAGGGGGAACGAUGCGGUGGGACCAUACCUCCUAUACCUGGACCGCACGAUGCACGACGACGUCACCUGGAGGCCGUUCGCCGACUAUGCUCAGGUUGUCCCCUUCGACGGGGUUGCUCUAUAUUCAGGCUGGUUGGCAUGCGGGACCGGCAUCAUGGUCCGGUAUCUCCCGGAGCGGUGCAUGCGGCAGUUUGGGUUCGUGCAGAUCAUACCCAGGUCACCCUUCGAGGCUGCUCCUGACACAGUGACCAGAGUGCAGCUCACUGCCAUAUGGGAGGAGUGGCAGCAUCAUGUGGUACCGGAGGAGUACCGUCGCAUGCGGGUCACCCAGGACUGGCACAGUUUGUGUUUAUCAAUGACAUUCUCUUAUACUCUCCGAGCAUAG